UUGAGGUUAUGUUGGCGGUUACACGAGCAGGUUCUCAGGCUUUCUCAUACCAUGUUGUUGUAUAAUUGCAGUAAUUGCACAAAUAUUUCUUCCAGUUUCGAGCUGCCAGGAUCAUGUUUUCGGUCUUGAGCUUUUAGUGGUUUUUAUUAUUAAGUCACAACAUUCUUCAGCUUAGGCACUUGAUUCGGUCUCAUUUCAAGUGCAGGUUAUGCCAGUGUUUUGGGAAGAUUAAUUCAUGAUUAUGUCGAGAACCAUUCGAAAUUAGGUAUCUGCAUCAGUUAGUCAUUUGAAGUUUACUGUGGAACAUCUGAAAAAUGAACCUCUGCAAGAGAUCAUCUGAUCAGUCCAGCAAUGGGACGGAAGAAGACCCAAGGCCGUACCUAAUAAAUCAACGAUACGGUACAGACAACGAUAUCCUGAAACAAAAGAAGUAUUAUGUCACGGGUGAUGAGUUUUCUGUGGGCAGGUCGCAGGAUGCCACAUUAAGUAUUCCAGAUACAUUCGUUUCGAGGAACCAUUGUAUUGUGAAGAAAAAGCUGAAAGAAAAUUCUGAAAGUUCCUGGUUUCUACAUCACUUGGCUGGCGAUAGAAGCUCAACAUGGAUAAAUGGUAUACGUCUCAAACCUGAAGAAGUAAUCGAAUUGAACACGAACGAUUUGAUAGAAUUCAGUGAUAAGAGAAACUUUAGUUUCAGGUUUCAUGCUCCUGACAUCGAGUUAGAACGCAAACGAGCAAAGAGAGCGCUGGAAGAGGAACAGGAAAAAGAAAAAGAAGCGUUGACUAUUGCGGCUAAACUGAUGGCCAACGAGUUAGAACAAGAGAGGAUGAAAAAAGAAAAGGAGGAGUUGGAGCUGAAAAUGCAAGAACGCAUUCAAAUGCUCGAGGCACAAUACCAAAAGGAGAAAGAAGAAUUAGAAGAAAAAAUUAAAACAGACAAUUUAGAGAGGAAAAAAUUAGCUGAAGAGCGAGCUCUGUUAGAAGAGAAAUUGGCCCAAGAAAAACUCUUGGCUGAACAAAAGUUUAAGGAUGAGAAACUUGAAUUAGAAGACAAACUGAAAGGGUUAGAAGAAACAGUAAAGAAAAUAGAGGAUGAGAAAUUACGGAAAGAAGAAGAACGUAAACAAUUGGAAGAAGAAGCAGAGAGAAUAAAAGCUACACUAGCGGAAAAAGAGACUGCCCUGAAGGAAACAGCCGAGCAAUUGAAAAAAGACGGCGAGUACGAGGAAAACAUAAAAAAAAUGACGGAGGAACUAGACAAGGUGAAGUCGGACCUGAUUCAGAACUUGGACAAACAGUCUCUACUGGAGAAACAGUUGAAAGACACGGCUGGUUCUAGUUAUCUAAUAGCCAAAACGGAGUUACUCGAAAGUUUUGGUGAAGUUGUGGAGUCAGAACUACAGUGCAGUAUCUGCAAUGAGUUGUAUAUAGAGGCAAUGGUGCUACAAUGUAUGCACACUUUUUGUGCAUAUUGCUUGAACAAGUGGAAAAAAAGGAAGAAGGAGUGUCCUGUCUGUCGAGCCAAAAUCAAGACUGAAAAUAGAGCUUUCAUCUGGGAUUCGUUCAUUGAUAAAAUGGUCAGCAAAUUGUCAGAGGACCUGCAACAGAGAAGGAAGCAACUCAUUGCUGAAAGAGCAGGAAAUGGGUCUACAAGCCAGACUGCUUCCGUCACUCCUGCCUCCUCUUCUGUCAUCCUUCCUCAUGUGAUUACGACCAACGGUGGUACAUACCAAGUUGCUAACAUCAACACAUUAUCUCGCCUCAACACAUCAAUGCCACGAGCACCAACCGCCCAAACGAUUCGAGUUGCAGUUCCUGUAACGAGCACCGGUAUGAUAGCUUCUGCACACCCUUCAUUAGCAAGAGGUCCUAAUGUUAGAGGACCGUUUAUAUCAGGUGUUCGUCUAUUAGGAAGCAUUGAUCUAACGCAAAACAGACCUAACAUAUUACCCAGAACACCGUCAAAUCCUCGUGCAGCAUCAAGCUCUUCAGCUAGUAGAUCAUCUACUGACAGAAACAAUGCUGUCUUGGCAGCUGCAAGAGCUGCUCUAGCCGGAAGAUCUACGCCUGUGGCUAGUUCUCGCUCAAGUUCAUCUUCAACCCAUAGUUUAAGUCCUAGCCGGAGCUCAGCACGUCUGCGGGCCAAAAGGCGGAGAGUACCCACAGAGUCUAGCAAUCCUGAUGAGGUUGUCGAUAUCGAAGAACCCACCACAUCAGAACCUAUCGUCAUCGAAGAUGCAGUGAUUGAAAUCCCAGAUGAGUCUUCAACCACUCCUGCCUCUGCGAAUGCAACCUCUGUCAGCUCGGAUUCCGACGAUGACAAUGUCAUUGUUGUUCCUGUACGGAGAUUGAAUAGGUCCAACCCUACAGAUUCGCCUCAACCAUCAACAUCAAGCUCAGAGCCACCAGCAUCAAAUUCCAGAACUUCAAAACGGAAGAGAGAUACUACUAUUGUCCUAUCUUCCGACAGUGGUAGAAACUCAAGCGAUUCGAACUCUGACACUGAUUCUAGCUCGGUUGAGGGGCAUUUUGAUUAUGAAUACGAUGGCGGUAGGUGUUGGGACUGCGGGCGAAGAGGUCAUUGGGCAAGAGCCUGUCCGGAAAAUCGGUUAUAUUAAAGCUAUUUCUUGUGCGUAGUUUUACCGUACUAUUACAUAUAACUUCGGGUAGAUUUUGGAAAGAUGAAGAGUAUAUUAUUCAUUGAAAUUCGUUCUUCGUAAAUGGGACAUGUUAAGACCAGGCGAAAAUCGAGUGGAGGUAAUAAUUAGUAAGGUUUCCUGAUUCCUUUAUCGGCAGACAACAAUAAGUUCUUUGGCUACUCUUACAAAAUUUAAUAUGAAAAAUUUUAAGGGUCUGACAAAGGAAUGAUGAAGAAAUCUUGUGAUUCAACCAUCUUAUAAAACAACUUCACCUCUAUUUAUAAUCAUGUCCCACUGACAAAAGUAAAAUUGAAAAAUUGGCCAGCAUCCAGCUGUUGUUAUAUUUUUAAGCAAUCCUGUUUUGACGGUGAAACUGCAGAAAUGUGUAAUUUGGUUUGUGGCAUUGCUGACUUCCUGUCAUAUUUUAUUUCCUACAUACAAACUACUAAACGUCUUUUCUUGAAGACUUCGGCGGCCCACUCUUUAAGAAGAACACUCAGUAAACAAUUCAAGCCAUAAUGUUUUUGAGAUUCCCUUUUUAAAAAUAAAAUAGAGACAGAGAUUUGGAAACAUCGCAACUGAAUUAUGCAUUUUUGCAGUCUUACCGUUGAUUUUUCAAUCUCUACAAUCUGUUAAUUUAAGUUAAGCCUACUUUAAGCCUACUUACUAAGAGUAAUCGAGCACUGCUUUUUAACGCUUUUGAUGAUGUAAACAUUUUUGACAUCAAAACCCUCUCUUGAAGUAUUUCAACUUUUGUACAAAUAAGUGCUCAAAUUCUUAACUUAUCGCAUCAGAUAAUAAAUUUCGUAUACUUUGGAGCUGCCAAAAUGUCCAGUUUUGUUUACAGAUCUUGUGUCACAGAAAACUGUUCGAAAGAGAGGGUUUAAUAAUGGAUUACAUUUUGCAACAAGGAACCACUAUUUCUGGCUCAUUUCAGAAAUAACAUAUGUGCCAUCGAUUUCCCUAUGAAGAUACGUGCUUUUAUGGAAGAGCCAGAGAUAGUGGAUCCAUAUUGCAAAAUGUAAGCCAAAUUAUGUGUUGGAUAUGUACAGAUUCUAAUGACUAGAGAAACUUAUCAUCGUUUAUCCUCUGCUUUGUCCCUUUAAAAAAUCGAAGCCUUGUUUUUUUUUGGGAUCAACAAUCUUUUUUCAAAAUCAAGUUAGGUAUUUUUUUUUUUCAUUUCCGUCAAGUUACUCUUCAAAAAUGAAAGUCAGUAGGGCCCUCACGAAAAAAAAACCUGAGUUGUAACAGCAUUAGAAUGCGUCAUAGUCAUUGUAAAUUUUCAAAAAAAAAUUUAGGGGGCCCCUCUGUAUUGGUGGUAGUUUCCUUCCCUGCACACGCACUGUGCCCUAUCAAGGCCCUCCAAGUAUUGUGCUUGAACGAAGUCACUGGGCUUUAAUGUGCAAAUGUAAGUCCUCUAAAAAUUUAAAGCAACACAAAUUAACAGAAAAGAGUAUCUUCCUCUACAUUCAUUUGAUUUAAAAAAAUUCAAUUCUUAUAUUUCCUAAUGGCAUUGUAAUGAGAGGCCUCUUUCUAUUUUUGAUAAUAUUUCAUUUUUAAUUUUUUUUUGUGACACUUUCCUCCCAAUUUUUUUCUCUCCUAUUUCUGAAUGAAUGACUCCAAACCUAUCUAUUUCACAAAAAUGCUACCAUUUGGGUGUCAAGCUGUGAAAUUAAUCUUAAAAUUAUUUAGUUCUAUCAAAAUCAAACUGAGAGGGAUCUUAUGAAUUAUCCGAAAAAAUAAUUGUUGUUAUUAAAGGCUUCAAUAAGUCAUCCCCAACUUCUACUUUCUAGAUAUUGUACAGUUAAUAUGAAUUCAAAUCACUUCAUCGUAAUUAUCAUGUUUGAGUAAUUAAGUUAAAUUUUGAUUUUCCUUGUCGGAAACUUAUAUUCUAAGUGCACAAAGCAGCCUUUAACUUAUUAGAUUUUAAAAUACUGUUCAAAUUGUUUCAGUGUUUGGUCAUUAAAAACUUGGUUUGGUACCGCUGUACCUCAUCUCUCAGGAUGUCCCUGCUAUGUACUUCGGAUAAAACAUGAAUUUAUUAUGUAUUGUAAAUGUGUAAUUGUACACUUUGUAAAAUUUCAUCUGUAUUUUUAUAGAUCAAUAUUUCUGGUUCCUCAUUUUGAUUUAAGUUCAUGGGUCAGUUUCAUUUGAUAGAAUAGUAUUUGGAUGGUUACAGCCUGUGGGGUUUCAUAAAAUUAUGAUCUGCGUGGACAAGAAAUUUAUACAACGAAGAUCAACGGAAGUAUUGCCCCUCAUAAACCUCUGUUAAUUACGUCAUCCUCUAAGACAGUUUAUUGUAUGUUUCUUUCCAACGGAUGAAUUUAAGGAGGAAGAAAUCAUGGCAAACACUACCUCUGUGAAUAAAGUCAUACAUUUUUUUCUUCUUUUCCCUCUGAGGCAAUAUUCUGGACAAUAGUAAACACAAAAACUUUGGCUUUCAGACAGCUCUUCAAUUUUUUUUUAAACCUACAAGUUGUAACCAUCUGAGGAAAAUUCCGUGACAAAUGCAAUUGACUCACUUAACGUGUCUCCUGUGAUAAAACCUGUAUUCCACUUGGAAAUUAAUUUCGUUUCAGAAUUUUGCUAACAGCAAAUUUCUAUCUUUGGAUCAUUUUUUUCAUAAUUUGUUUCCUUUAAAUACAUUUUUUUCCAUUAUUUAA